UAUUGUUACGCGUGUGAUUUCCUUGCAGCCGCCCCUGGUUUUCUUCUUCUCCAAUUCACGCCAUCUGUAUAUAUUCAUCCAAAAUCCCAUUUCCAAUGCACAGUACACAAAUUCCAGAGCGAAAACGAAUAAAAAGACGGAGAUAAACCGUCUCUUCCAACUGUUUCACACACAUACUAUGGAUACUAAGAUCGGAGCCGUCGAAGCUUCAUCUAAGCCUUCCAGUGGCGUGCUCGGCAGUAUUCCGACCAACGGUGCAGUUACCGUUCACGCCUCCCCCGCCCCCUUCAACUCAGCUGAGGCUACUCUAGGCCGCCAUCUCGCUCGUCGGCUCGUCCAGAUCGGCGUGAAGGACGUCUUCAGCGUCCCCGGUGACUUUAAUCUUACGCUGCUUGACCACCUUAUUGCUGAACCCGGGCUCAACCUGAUCGGCUGCUGCAACGAGCUCAACGCCGGAUACGCCGCCGACGGCUACGCCAGGGCGCGCGGUGUUGGAGCGUGCGUCGUCACUUUCACUGUAGGAGGACUUAGCGUCCUCAACGCCAUUGCCGGCGCGUACAGUGAGAACCUUCCGCUGAUAUGUAUUGUCGGGGGUCCCAACUCGAAUGACUACGGGACUAACAGGAUCCUCCACCAUACCAUCGGGUUGCCUGAUUUUAGUCAGGAACUCCGUUGCUUUCAAACCGUCACUUGUUAUCAGGCUGUGGUGAACAAUUUAGAGGACGCACAUGAGUUGAUCGAUACAGCAAUUUCGACGUCAUUGAAAGAGAGCAAGCCCGUUUACAUAAGCGUUAGCUGUAACUUGUCUGGAAUCCCGCAUCCUACCUUUAUUCGAGAACCGGUUCCAUUCUCACUCUCCCCCAAAUUGAGUAAUACAAUGGGUUUGGAGGCAGCAGUAGAGGCAGCAGCAGAGUUCUUGAACAAAGCAGUAAAGCCAGUGCUGGUUGGAGGCCCAAAAAUGCGUGUGGCAAAAGCUGGUAAUGCUUUUGUUGAGUUGUCGGAUUCUUGCGGUUAUGCAACGGCAGUUAUGCCCUCUGCUAAGGGCCUGGUUCCUGAACACCAUCCUCAUUUCAUUGGAACCUAUUGGGGAGCAGUGAGCACCUCCUUCUGUGCUGAAAUCGUUGAAUCCGCUGAUGCUUACUUGUUUGUGGGACCCAUAUUCAAUGACUAUAGUUCUGUUGGCUACUCCUUGCUUCUCAAGAAAGAGAAGGCAAUCAUUGUACAACCUGAUCGCGUUGUCAUUGCCAACGGCCCUGCAUUUGGCUGUGUUCUGAUGAAGGAUUUCCUGUGUUCACUUGCCAAGAGGCUUAAACGCAACACCACAGCUUACGAGAAUUAUCAUAGGAUUUUUGUUCCCGAAGGGCAUCCUCUGAGGUGUGAGCCAAAGGAGCCACUAAGGGUGAAUGUUCUUUUCCAGCACAUCCAGAACAUGCUGUCUGGUGAAACUGCUGUAAUUGCUGAGACUGGGGACUCCUGGUUCAAUUGCCUGAAGCUCAAAUUGCCUCAAGGAUGCGGGUACGAGUUCCAAAUGCAGUAUGGGUCCAUUGGUUGGUCUGUGGGUGCGACCCUUGGGUAUGCACAAGCUAUACCAGAUAAGCGGGUGAUAGCUUGCAUUGGAGAUGGUAGCUUUCAGGUGACAGCUCAGGAUGUGUCAACAAUGUUGCGUUGUGGACAGAAGACUAUAAUAUUCCUGAUAAACAAUGGUGGUUAUACCAUUGAGGUUGAGAUCCAUGACGGACCUUACAAUGUCAUUAAGAACUGGAAUUACACCGGACUCGUUGAUGCAAUCCACAAUGGUGAGGGAAAUUGCUGGACAACCAAGGUGUUUUAUGAAGAGGAGCUGGUGGAAGCAAUAGAGACAGCAAACGGAGCAAAGAAGGAUUGUCUGUGUUUCAUUGAAGUGAUUGUGCACAAGGACGAUACAAGCAAAGAGCUACUGGAAUGGGGGUCUAGGGUUUCUGCUGCUAAUAGCAGGCCUCCGAACCCUCAGUAGGUGGUAAAUUAAGUGACACUUAGAUGUUGUUGGAAAUAACCACACACUUGGUAUUUCAUGGGGUGAGGACUUGAUUUUCUAUCUUGACGACCAGCCAUCUUAUUUGAACUUUCCUUCUUCAUUUGUGAAUGUAAAAUAAUUUAAUACGAAGUUCAUAUCCCUUUGGCUCGGAUUUUUUUUGCAGUUCUAUCACAAUAACGAGGGGGGUAGUUUCUCUAUUAUCCUGAGUAGGAGCUUAGAAGUUUCCCUUCUCUAGUUGAUGAUGAAUGUGUAAUCACUGGAGUGAUGUUUAAUACUCUGUAUUGUAUGUUCAAGUUGGUAUAUUUAUAUUUUGACUUGCAAUUUUGCUCAAUUAUUAUCGAAUUUGUGUA